CGGCCCCGGCUGAGGGCGGGCGGCUCAAGAUGGCGCAGACCGUUAGCGUGGGGGAGCUGGGGCUGCAGCAGCUCGAGAUGCUCAAAGGGCAGCUGGAGCAGGAGGUGGAGUUCCUCACCUCAUCCCUGGCCCAGCUCAAGAUGGUGCAAACCAAGUUCGUGGAGUCCAAGGAGUGUCUGAACGUGCUGCACAAGGGCAACGAGGGGAAGGAUCUCCUGGUGCCUCUCACCAGCUCCAUGUACGUGCCUGGCAAGCUCCAGGACACCAGCACCGUCCUGGUGGACGUCGGCACCGGUUACUACGUGGAGAAGUCAGCCGAGGACGCCCGCGCCUUUUUCAAGCGCAAGAUCGACUUCCUGACGCGGCAGAUGGAGAAAAUCCAGCCAGCACUGCAGGAGAAGCACGCCAUGAAACAGGCCGUGCUGGAGAUGAUGACGCAGAAGCUGCAGCAGCUGACGGCGGCUCAGGGGGGCCCGGCGGGGCCCAAGGCGUGACCCCCAAAUCCUGGGGGGUUUGGGGCUGCAGCCCCCCCUCACUACACCCCAAAAUCCUGGGGGGAUUGGGGCUGCAGCCCCCCCCACACACCCCAAAAUCCUGUGGGGUUUGGGGCUGCAGCCCCCUCCCUACACCCCAAAAUCCUGGGGGGAUUGGGGCUGCAGCCCCCCCCUACACCCCAAAAUCCUGGGGGGAUUGGGGCUGCAGCCCCCCACCCUACACCCCAAAAUCCUGGGGGGGAUUGGGGCUGCAGCCCCACCCUACACCCCAAAAUCCUGGGGGGAUUGGGGCUGCAGCCCCCCUCAUUACACCCCAAAAUCCGGGGGGGAUUGGGGCUGCAGCCCCCCCAAAUCCCGCCCCCCACUGUUUUGUACCUGUCCCUCAAUAAAGGACAGACGGCUCCA